CUUUUCUUUCCGUCAACGAGACGGUACCCCCAAGCUGAUGACUCCCCCUAAGGGGAUGACGAUGUGGAAGAAGAAGUUCUUCUAUAUCAAGUGUGCUGCCCUUGCUGUGGAGAUGACGUUUCGGAAUGUGACCGAGACGAUCAUAGCAGAGACCAUUGCGAUGCCCAGUUUGAAAUCAGUGCAGUGGUUCCCGCAGCUGCAGACUAUUGAGUCUGUGAAGUUGACUAACACGCAACUAUGGCUGUUGCGUAUGAUGUUGAGGAGGGGCAAGAACUCGAAACCCGUGGUGCGGGAAAAGAGCGGUGAAGAUGCUCCCGCAUGGAGGAUGUUUGCUCCGGAUUUCGAGGGUACGGUUGAGACCGUAGUUUGUGCGGAUGGUGAACAGGAUCACAAUACUAUCAUCCGUAGUAACUUCCGGGUGCCUACUGCGGCUGCACUGGCAGUUGAGUUGCCAGUAGGCAAAGGUGAUCUUGGGGCCCUGGGGGACCCUGAAGCGAAAGGUGUGCCAAAGAGGCAAACUGUGAAGGGCGUGCGCUUUCGCCAAAAGAAGAUAAAGGAGGUCACUACUGUGCCUCAUCUGGUGCCGCAGGCAGCAGGUAUCUCUCAUUCCUCUUUUCGUCGACACAAGGAUUAUGUGAUAGUAUCUGAUACCCUUGAGGGUUUGGGUACAGCCGCGGAGUCACGUUCCGGUGCUGCGAAGAAGCAGGCGGAAGAUGCGGCUGCGGGAGGGACAGCUGCGGGUCCCCCUGUGAUUGGUGAGAAGAGGAGGCCAGAGCAAAAAGCUGCUGGUGGUGUUGAAACCAAACGUCGGAGACUAGUAACCAAAAGGUCUGCUCCGACGCAGAAAAAACCUGCGGUUGUCGUUGAGCGUCAAGAUGAAGAUUUUUCUAUCUUCGAUGCUCCGGAGUCCCCUCCGCGUGCCAUGGGUGCGGGUGGAACGGAGGUGCCGUCGACACCUCCCGUCAAGGUGGUACCUGAGUCAACCGUGCAGAAGGAGGGUACCGCAGAGAAUGCUGCGGCCCAGAUAUUUGAUACCGUCGACUCGUCCAACAACCUGAUCUCUCCCAAUGAGGGAGACGAUUUGAGUUUGCGGUUCACUGCUACUGGGAAGCAACAUUCUGAUGCUGAACCGCAAAAAACUGGCGCUGAAGCGCGGCAGCACGAUGCUGGGCCGCAGAAGUCUGCGGUUGAUAAAGGUACCAGCUCGUCUGCCGGUGGUGCGGGGUAUGACGGGCCUCCAAUUCAGCCUGGGGAGUCUGAAUUGGAGUAUUACUACCGCACCUACUCCCAGGAUCGCAGUACGCUGUACCAUCGACCCCCCUGGACUGUAUUGCAGGGGGAUGAUAUUGCUAACGACCCUGCGGCCUGCAGGGAGAUCUUGGGCGGUCUGGGGACCCCCUUUGAAGUUGAUCGGGCUCGUGCCGCACCGCGGGAGCUGCGUAUAAACCAGCUCUCGACCAUGUUGGUAGGGACUUCCAUUGUGGCGAAUGCCAUGUUGGAAGACUAUAAAGUUCUGAGUCGCCGCGAGGAGGAGGCUGCUCGUAUGCGGGCGGAAGCCGAGAAGUUGGUCGAGGCUGCUCGUGCGGGUGCGGAGCAGCUUGAGAAGGAUAAAGCUGCUUUUGAGAAGCAGAAGCAGACCUCUGAGUGGGCUGCCACUGUCCAACUGAAACAGGUGCGUACCCUUGCUAAACUCCUUGCUGAUGAGCGUAAGCGUUGGGAGGAAAUUUCAUCCAACGAGCGCAAGAAGUGGAACGAAUCUUGGGCUAAGCAGAACAAUCUUCUGUUUCAUACUCGGCAGGAGCUAGCAAACGCCAAGGCGGCAAAUGUUGCCUUGGGCAAUGAAAAAGCUGCGGCUGAGGCUGCAGCAGCUAAAGCGCUGCAGGCAAAGGAUGAGGCCCUGAAGGCGCUUGAAGAGAUUGUCGAGGCUAUAAUGAAUGCUCCUGAGACCUCAUCUGGUUUGGACUUGGUUAAGGAGCGUGCGCGCGAUGCUGGCUUCAAGACAUGCAUUGUCCAUCGGGAUAACGGUCAAAAAUUCCCGAGCAUGGGGACCCUUCAGGCACUCAAAUACCGCCUUCUGCCGGGAUGA